AUGAAGUUUGCCCAGUUUCUGCUGAAGAACGGCUCCUCAGCUGGGAUCCCCAAGCUGGUGGAGCGCUUCUGCAAGUUUUCCCCUUCCCCGCUGUCCAUGAAGCAGUUUAUAGACUUCGGCUCGGCUAACGCGUGUGAGAAGACGUCGUUUGUGUUCCUGCGUCAGGAGCUUCCAGUGAGAUUCGCCAACAUCAUGAAGGAGAUCGACUUUCUGCCCGACAAACUGCUCAGCACGCCCUCGCUGAAGCUGCUGCUCAGCUGGUAUUCCCAGAGUCUGAUGGAGCUGGUGGAGUUCCUGGAGGAGGACCCCUACGACAAAGACGUCCUGAGGAACUUCACCCACCUGCUGAUGAACAUCCGCACUCGUCACAACAACGUGAUGCCCACCAUGGCGCAGGGCGUGCUGGAGUUCAAGGAGGUGUAUGGCGUAGACCCCGUCACCAAUCAGAACGUGCAGUACUUCCUGGACCGCUUCUACAUGAGCAGGAUCUCUACACGCAUGCUCAUGAACCAGCACACUCUGAUCUUCGAUGGUAAUAAACAGGCGCACCACAAACACAUCGGCAGCGUGGACCCCUCAUGUGACGUCACAGAAGUCAUCCAGGAUGCCUUUGAGACGUCCAAGCUGCUGUGUGAGCAGUACUACCUGACCUCUCCAGACUUGCUGGUCACACAGUUCAACGCCAAAGAGCCGGGACGUCCCCUGAACAUUGUGUACGUGCCGUCCCACCUCUACCACAUGCUCUUCGAACUCUUCAAGAACGCCAUGAGAGCCACGGUGGAGACCCAUGAGGACAGCCCCACCCUGCCCCCCAUCAAAGUGCAAGUCUCCCUGGGCAACGAGGACCUGACCAUUAAGAUGUCGGACCGGGGCGGGGGGGUCCCUCUAAGGAAGAUCGAGCGUCUCUUCUCCUACAUGUACACUACGGCCCCCAGCCCUGUGCACAUGGACGGCUCCCGCAACGCACCCCUGGCUGGCUUUGGCUACGGUCUGCCCAUCUCCCGCCUCUACGCUCGAUACUUCCAGGGAGAUCUCAAGCUCUACUCCAUGGAGGGCCACGGCACCUCUGCGGUCAUCUAUCUCAAGGCCCUGUCCUCCAGCUCUGUGGAGCGGCUGCCGGUUUUCAACAAGUCUGUCCUGCGUCACUACCAGACCAGCAGCGAGGCCGACGACUGGUGUCUGCCCAGCAAGGAGCCCAAGAAGCUGGGCAAGUGA